UUUUCAAUUAUAUUUAUAUUUACCCGUUUGAGGGAUAUUGUAUUCGUCAUGGCAGCGGAUUUACACCAAUCCCAGAAGGAGCAUUCCCCGGAGUCUGCAGCCAACCAUGUCGAGACUCGAUAUCCAUCAGCAUACGAUGUGGAGGGCCAGGCGAAGCCUACUUCUGCGAGUCCUUUAGGAAUCGGAAACCCUUCUCCCCUGGGACUGUUUUCUUUCGCCACUGGCAUCUUCCUUAUUGCAACGGUCAACCUCCACGCCCGUGACAUCGCAACCCCGAACCUAAUAAUUGGCGUUUUGUUGUUCUUUGGUGGCACAGGACAAUUUUUAUCGGGGAUUAUGGAGUUUGCACGCGGUAAUACGUUAGGCGCCACUCUAUGGUGUUCAUAUUCCGCAUUCAACUUGUCUUACUCGAUGAUUUAUAUUCCAGGCACAGGAAUUAUGUCAGCAUACACAGGUGCAAAUGACAACGAUAUCAAUCCCGAAUUCUACCAGGCCCUUGCGAUGUAUUGCUGGGCUUGGUUUAUCAUGAAUGUGCUCUAUACUGUUGCCGCUAUACGAUCCAACUGGGUUCUUUUCCUUGACUUAGUUGUACUUGACCUCGCAUUCCUUCUCCUGGCUGUUGGUUACAUGACACAGAGCAAUGCGGUCCUGAAAGCAGGAUUUUCAGUUUUGCUUGUGACGGCGUUCCUUUCCUACUGGCUAGGUUGCGCUAUUUUGUGGGGAGAGGGGGCUACCCCAUUCAACUUGCCGACUUUUGCAAUGUACGAGAAUCGACAGGAAUGA